AUUUCCAGAUGAUUUUCGCUCCUUUGUAGCUCCAUACAGUGAUGGAAGUUUCUGCGGGGUGUUUUUGCGGCCUCCGCCCCACAGCGCCCUCUGGCGGCCAGAACAAACUUUCUGGUACUUCCUGUUUGUCCUCCGCGGUCCUCCGGUCUCUGUCGGUCUUUGUUCUCUGGGGACACUCUGUCCUCUGGACCCGGUCCACCCGAACCUUCCCGCCUUUGUGAGCCGGACCGGGAGCGGAGGAGCCGGUGCUGGUCCGGUUCCGUCCAGAUGGAUUUUACUUAACGGUCCGGAACUCGAGGUUCGCUCUGCGGGGAACCGGGUCAAGGGGACGGAACCCUUUAACCCAGUUCGGUUCGGCUCCGUUCUGCAGAACGUCGGGCCUCUGUCGGACCGGAGAACUGGGCCGGACUGUUUGGAUCAGAGUUCCAGUGGGAAAAGUUCUGCUGCAGGUGAAUUGGACCGGUCGUCGGUUCGGCAGGCUGACUGGGUCCCGGAAACCAGGCUACAACCGGACCGGUUUGCCAGGCUGGGUUCCAGUUCGAGGUUCUGUUCCAUUGACUGGUUCGGUCUGGACUGGGACCCAGUAGAUGCACUUCCUGGGUCGAAGGUCAAGCUUGUCCUGAACUGAAAAAAACAGUUCAGGACAAGCUGAACUUUCAAAAGCUGUAUCCUAACUGAAAGGAGACUUUUUCAGUCUCCAAAUCAGGAUAAGUCAAACAUAGUUGGGUUUAGUCCAGGAUUUAGGAAGCUGGAACAGAACCAGGUUUGGUUCUGGUGUGAACCGGGUUCAUCCCAGUGUAAUAUGGGUUUGGUACCGGUGUAAACCGGUUUCAGUCCAGGUCUAAACCGGGUUUGGUUCUGGUCUCAAUUGGGACAAUCCCAGGUUUAACCUGGGUUUAACCUUGGAUUAGGCCGUUUGUGGCCCGGUUCGGUUCUGCUGUCCACCAGAACAUGGCAGAACUGGCGCAGACGUCGCCCUCGCUGUGCUGCUGCCGGAAGGCGCUGCCGGUGACCGGCGGCCGCUGCGCCGGCGAACCCAAGCCGCCCUCGGCCGGUCCGAGGCCCGGCGCCGCGCGCUGCCCCCUGGUGGACGUGGCGUCAGCCUCCAACUUCAGGAGCUUCCGGCUGCGGCACUUCCACCUGGACCUGCGGCUGAACUUUGCCGCAAAGGAGAUGAGCGGCUGGCUGGUUCUGGACCUGGUUCCGGUCCAGCUGGGGGUCAGCGCCCUCGUCCUGGACUCCCACCCGUCCCUGUUGAUCCACUCCAUAGACUGUAAGGUUCCUGGGGGCCCAGAGGAGCCGGCGUCCCUCACCUACCGGGUCGACCCGUUCACCGACUACGGAUCCUCGCUGGUCAUCAGCCUGCCGGCCGGAGCGCUGCGACCCGAACAGCUGAUCCAGGUGACCGUCCGCUACACGACCACGGACGGCCCGGCGAUCUGGUGGCUGGACUCGGAGCUGACCUGCGGUCAGUCCCGUCCUCUGGUCUUCACUCAGGGACACUCGGUGUGUAAUCGCUCCUUCUUCCCGUGUUUCGACACGCCGGCGGUGAAGAGCACCUACUCCGCCUCCAUCCAGGUUCCGGACGGCGUGACGGUUCUGAUGAGCGCGUCCCGGAGCUCUUACUCCGAACUGGACCGGAUCUUCCAGUUCUCCAUGGAGUUCCCGGUCCCGUCCUACCUGGUGGCGCUGGUGGCCGGAGAGCUGCAGCACGUGGACAUCGGGCCCAGGAGUCGUGUGUGGGCGGAGCCUUGCCUGCUGUCCUGCGCCGUGAAGAAGCUAGGGGGCAGUGUGGAGCGCUGGCUGGGCGUGGCAGAGGACCUGUUUGGCCCCUACCUGUGGGGCAGGUGUGACAUCGUCUUCCUGCCGCCGGCCUUCCCCAUCGUUGCCAUGGAGAACCCGUGCCUCACCUUCAUCAUCGCCUCCAUCCUGGAGAGCAGCGAGUUCCUGCUGAUCGACGUCAUCCACGAGAUCGCGCACGGCUGGUUCGGGAACGCCGUCACCAACGCCACCUGGGAGGAGAUGUGGCUGAGCGAAGGCCUGGCCACGUACGCGCAGCGCCGCAUCACCACGGAGGCGUACGGUGAGGCCUUCACCUGCCUAGAGACGGUGGUGCGACUGGACGCCCUGCACAGACAGCUGCGUCUCCUUGGAGACAACAGCCCUGUGAGCAAGCUGCAGGUCAAGUUUGAGCCAGGUGUGAACCCCAGCACGCUGAUGAACCUCUUCACCUAUGAGAAAGGCUUCUGCUUCGUGUCGUACCUGUCUGAGCUCAGCGGCGACGUCCGGCGCUUUGACAGCUUCCUCAAGGACUACAUCUCAGAGUUUAAGUUUCAGAGCGUUGUGACUCAGGACCUCAUCGCCUACUUCCUGCGGUAUUUCCCGGAGCUGCAGGACGCCGCCGUCUCCCAGAGGGAAGGCCUGGAGUUCGACCGCUGGCUGAGCGGUUGCGGCCCGCCGCCGUUUGAGCCUGACCUGUCAGCAGGGGGCGCUCUGAUCGGGCCGGUGCAGGAGCUGUGCGACCUGUGGAGAGGCGGCGACCCGCCCGACCAGCAGGCACUCGCGACCUUUGACCUGUUGGCCUGGAGCACCUUCCAGGUGGUUCUGUUCCUGGACCGGAUGCUGGACCACUCACCGCUGCCGCAGGACGUGAUGGCGAGUCUGUCCGCCUGCUACUCGGCGCUGUUCGACGGGCUGAACGCCGAGGUCCAGAUCCGCUGGCUGCAGAUGGUGGUGAGGAACACCUUCUACCCCGACCUGCCGCGGGUCCGAGCCUUCCUGCACAAACACACUUCCCGGAUGUACACCGUGCCGCUCUAUGAGGACCUGGUUUCCGGGGUGAUGAAGUGCGUUGCCGUGGAGAUCUUCUACCAGACGCAGCGCCGCCUGCAUCCCAACCUGCGACGGACGCUGCAGCUGAUCCUGUUCCCCAGCAGCUCGGCUCCAGCCAAUCACAGCGGCCCGGUUCCGCCCAUCCUGACUGGCUCCGCCCCCUCAGGCUCGCUGCAAAGCCCCGCUGCCACGGCAGCCGCCUCCGCCGCCGGGACAACGGCCGCCAUGGCGCUCAGGGACGUUAAUGUGUCGGCAUGACGGCCGUCCGGGCCCGACGGGUCAGAACCAGAACAGUUUCCUUCAUCAUGUCUGCAAACAGCAGAACAUUCUACAACUUCAUGGAACGAUGCGACAGAUUUCUCCUUGGUUUGAUGAAGCUGGACUGGAUUUUGAUCCAGAACCAGAACCGGACCCGAACACCGGAGCGGCCUUAUCGCCUCACUGUGAACAAACCCGCUAACUGGACCCGGUCCAGCCAGAACCUCAGGAACCUGCAGACCCUGAACGCAACGCCCUCUCUAAUUCAAAUGAAAUGAAACCCGAUCACAUGACCAAUAAUCUGUAUUGAUUAUCGACCAGCUCCACUCUGCAGACGGUUAAUUAUUCUAUUUAUUCUGUUUUCCUUUAUCAAAAUAAAAUAAAAAAAUCAUCUUAGGUUUUUUUUUAAAGAUAUUUUUAACUUUCAGAAAAAAUAUGUAUUUAUUUUGAAGGGAUCCUUUAAUUUACUGCUUUUAUUUUGAAGUCAGACCGGAAAUGGAAUGUCUGACAUGUUUAACGGGAUCUUUGAUGUCUGGAGAUUUUAUUAUUUAACACGCAGGAAGAUGGUGCCUUUGCUUUCACAAUAAAAGCCUUGAACCAUG